AUGGGUUCAUUGAUAGGAGUAAGGUGCGGAUUUUGUUGUGUGAUAACGAUUCCAAGAGUUCUGAAGAGGUUUUUACGCUUCUUUUGAGGUGUUCUUAUCAGGUUACUUCGGUGAAGUCGGCGAGACAAGUGAUUGAUGCACUGAAUGCAGAGGGGCAACAUAUAGAUAUCAUACUGGCUGAACUUGACCUUCCGAUGAAGAAGGGCAUGAAGAUGUUGAAGUACAUAGCACGGGAUAAAGAGUUACGCAGAAUUCCUGUAAUAAUGAUGUCCGCACAAGAUGAGGUAUCCAUUGUUGUUAAGUGCUUGAGACUUGGAGCAGCAGACUAUCUAGUAAAGCCUUUACGCACUAAUGAACUAUUAAAUUUGUGGACGCACAUGUGGAGACGGAGGCGCAUGCUUGGACUUGUAGAGAAGAACAUCUUGAAUUAUGACUUUGAUCUGGUGGCAUCAGACCCUAGUGAUGCCAAUACAAACAGUACCACCCUGUUCUCUGAUGACACAGAUGACAAGUCCAAGAGAAACACUAAUCCAGAGGCAGGAAUAUCAGUACAGCAAGAGCAAGAGUCGACUAUUGCAAUUGCUGCUGCUGUUGAGGAACCUCCAAAUGCUCAUGCAUUAGAACAUCAGCCUGAUGUGGAUGGAGUUAAUGAUCACAGAACAGGUCAUUUUUCAUCUGGUCCAAAGAAGAGUGAACUAAGGAUUGGGGAGUCAUCAGCCUUUUUCACGUAUGUCAAAGCAUCAAUACUGAAGAGCAAUUUUGAAGGGGUUGUUAAUGUUGACAAUGGUGCUACACAUGUGAGGAUGGAAGUUACGCAUCAAGCGCGUGCUCAACAAGGGGUUAGUGACCUUCAAGUGCAUGAAAAUGGAGAGACGUGUGAAAGUCAAUCGCAAGAUGACUUACCCAGCAGCAAUAGUAUGCCUGAUUCUUUCUCUAUUGAGAGGUCUUGUACUCCACCUGCAUCAAUGGAAGUUUCACAGCAAAAGCACAACAAGGAAGAAAAUUUACAUCAGGGUGUGAUGCAUCCGAGAAAUGGGACUCAUUGUUCUGAGCUUGAAGUAUCUGGCAUGACCUCCCAACAUGCUUAUCCAUAUUAUAUUUCAGGAGUUGUUAAUCAUGUUAUGAUGCCUUCAUCAGCACAAAUGUAUCAAAAGAAUAUCCAGGACCUACAGAAUCAUCCUAAUACAGCAAUGCUUGCACAGUACAAUCAUCUUCCCCAAGGUGGUCCUCAUGGAACGGGGAUGACAUCCUUCCCAUACUACCCAAUGAGCAUAUGCUUGCAACCUGGUCAGAUUCCUACACCUCAUUCAUGGCCUUCAUAUGGAAGCCCAAGUUCAUCAGAUGCAAAAUUGAGUAAAGUUGAUAGGAGAGAAGCAGCAUUGAUGAAGUUCAGACAGAAAAGGAAAGAGCGCUGCUUUGAUAAGAAAAUUAGGUAUGUUAACAGGAAACGACUUGCUGAAAGGCGGCCUCGGGUAAGGGGACAGUUUGUUAGAAAGAUGAACGGUGCUAAUGUGGAUCUUAAUGGGCAGCCUGCAUCAACUGAAUAUGAUGAUGAUGACGAAGAGGACGAGGAUGAUCAGGGAGCAAGAGAUUCAUCUCCUGAGGAUGUUUGAGUUUGUUAAAUUGCUUGUUUGACUCAGCGACCAGGGGCCCAUCAAUUCCUUCCUGUAUUGAAAGUUGCUACCAAAGCAUCAAUUGAUGAGGCAUGUGCUCUCAUGUAACUGGGGUGCUGAUCCAAUGUGUGCACCCUCAUCAUUUAUAGUUGAAUCAAGCUCAUGCUCGGUCAUUUUUGAAUACCAGUUUAUUCAAUGAUCCGUCCUACUGAUGAGAGCUACCUCCUGCUGGUUGUGUCCAAUGCGGCUGAAAGUAUCAUGCUUAGUUUUAUUGAAACAGUUACAAUUACAAGCAGGUUGUUCCUGCUUAUGUUUAUGGAGAAAUAUCAAGACGUUUAAAAAACUGACAUGAGAAAUGAGUUAUUUGUCUAAAAUUUAACUUUCAAAGUUUCA